AUGCUCUUCGUGUCUCUCGCGGAAGCAGAAACCACUAGCGGACGUUGGCAAAUGAUCCGAACAAAGGAAGGAAUUGCGAAAAACAAUGGGAAUCAGGGUGUUCAAGACGCUCAAGUCGACUUUUGGAAAGAUGCUUUAACAAACGGUUCUGACGAAGAAUCAUAUUGGUCUGCAGAACAUCUGCGAGUUGACGAGGAAAGCUGCGGAUAUGAAAGCCAUGAAGGGCCAUCUUCAUUCUGGAUACUCACGAGCAGCUACGUGGAGCCGCUUGAGUCAUGA